AUGGUUGGAUUGAAUGAUUCCUCGCCGUCGAAUGAUCCUUCUGUUUUUGAUGCUGCGACUAAGGCUAAAAAAUUUGCUCAAAGGUUCAACAUGCAUUCUCAAAAUAAAAUAAAAAAGCAAAGUGGCAAUGAAUCACAUGGUGUCAAGGUGUUAAGGGUUCAGGAAAAUUUCCGCGGCAAUGUUCAAACAAGGUUGAGAAAACUCAAUGAGGGAGUUGUCCAAGCUACACUAUUGGCAUUAGCUGAACUCAAGUGCUUAAACAUGACGGAAAAUGUGACUUCAACCGUAUCAAUUGACGACAUGCUUCCGACAGUUGUUCAAGGUGCAAUUGGAAUAGCCUGUAGAAGUAAUGAUGAUAAAAUGGCAGAAUACAUUGCUUCAUUGAAUCGUGAAGAAACAAGAUUGGCGGUUGUCUGCGAAAGGGCCUUCCUUACGACUUUGGAUGGGUCUUGCCGUACUCCUAUCGCCGGUUAUGCUUGCAGAAAUGAGGAUGGUAAUUGCUUGUUCCGAGGACUAGUUGCUUCACCAGAUGGAACUCGCGUUCUAGAGACAUCGAGGGUUGGUCCAUAUGUUGUUGAAGAUAUGAUUGAGAUAGAGUUGUCAGCAGGUAGAGAAGGGAAAAGUAGCAAGAAACAAAGGAGGAGUAAUAAUGGUGGGAGUGAGGUGAAGAAGGGAGAGGAGAAGGAAGAAGAAGAGGCUCCAACAGCAACAACAACAGUCAAAACUAAUAUAGCGCACUACAACAAAUAA